AUGUUGUUGCUUGUUAUAUUAUAUUUACUUUGGAAAGCUCGUGCUCGUUUAUGUCGUUCUUCAUCAGCUGGAGUCGGUAAUCCACGUUUGUCAGCAACUAAAUUUGAUUUAGAUUAUUGGCUUAAACAAGUCGAUUUGCUUGAAGCAAAAGAACUUGAACGUAAUCGUGGUGGUCAAACUCUUUAUCUUGAAUUACCAAAAAUAGAACCACGUAAUAAUCAGGAAGCAACAGAAUUAUGGAUUACUGAUGCUUAUCGUCAAUGGCGUCUUAUUCAAUAUCGACAACAACAACAACUUUUUCGAAAAAAUAUAAAUCAACAAUCAGAAACGAAUCCUACACCUUAUCGAAGACGACGUAAUCUAAUACGUCGUUUCAUACGACGACUUUUUAAAUCCAAUCGUCAACAUCCAUCAUUUUUACUUGAACAUACACAAUCGUUGAUUAAUGAUAUGAGACCAAGUAUAGUAAGCAAUAAUUUUAUUCCACCAUCAUUUACACCUAAUUUACCAAUUCGACGAACUUGUUCAUGGCCUCGACUUAAAUCUAAUCGUCAACAAUUAGGUGCCCCAAUGAGUGCUCUUCAAACACAUCUGGCUAGAAAACGUCUUCUCAAACGAACAUCAAGAACUACAUUUGAUAUAUAG